CAAGACAGCGCCAUCAACGUUCAUUUUAUCAACUUCGCAACUACCAAAUCACCAAGUUAUUUAUUCUGUAUAUUUAGUGCAUCGUAUCGAAAUUAAAAAAAAUUCCUGUACGUGCACACAUAACACAUUGAUAAAAUACCGUGAAAAUCCCCUCAAAAAAUAGCGUAAAAAUUUCAUAUUUUCCUACAAAAUAACAAAAAAGAUUCGAUGUUUUAUUACUUUUUCAAUAUCCAUCGAUUAAGUUAAGAACACACUCACUUUCCGGAUCCAAGCAAAAAAGUUCACACAAUUAGUUUAGAGAAGCGAAAAGUGAUUAAGACUGUUCGCUAUAUUAUUUCGUUGUUUUUUUUUUAUUUUGUUAUAGUGUAACCAAGUAAAAAUUAUAUACAAAAAUCCCUCAAAAUGGUUGAUAAAUUUAUAAGUAUGUGGAAAGUGCGUGAAAUCGCCGACAAAGUAACCAAUGUUGUUAUGAAUUAUACGGAAAUCGAAGGAAAGGUUCGAGAAGCAACAAAUGAUGAGCCCUGGGGACCAACCGGUCCACUAAUGCAAGAGCUCGCCCAUUCAACAUUCACCUAUGAACAUUUUCCCGAAGUGAUGUCUAUGCUCUGGAAGCGAAUGCUUCAAGACAACAAAACUAAUUGGCGAAGAACAUACAAGAGUUUGCUGUUACUUAAUUAUCUCGUUCGAAAUGGUUCCGAACGAGUGGUGACAUCGUCACGGGAGCACAUCUACGAUUUGCGAUCGUUAGAAAAUUACACAUUCACCGAUGAAAAUGGUAAAGAUCAAGGAAUCAAUGUUCGACACAAAGUUCGUGAGCUAAUCGAUUUUAUACAAGACGAUGAUAAAUUACGUGAAGAACGAAAAAAGGCCAAAAAGAAUAAAGACAAAUACAUUGGCAUGAGUUCGGACGCAAUGGGCAUGAGAAUGAGCUCAAGCUCUGGCGGUAGUGCGUACAAUGAUUGGGAUUCCCAUAAAAAUGAUCGGAAAAAUUCCUAUGAAGAUGAUUAUCACUACGAUGGUGAACGUGAAGAUUCGGAUGUUGAUUCAUCCGAUCCACCGUCAACCAGACGGUACCGUGAUAAAGAGCGGACGGAAUCGACGCCGGCACCACCAGCAGCGGCAGCUGUUGUGACAACAACACCACGAGCCACAACCCCGCGAGCAACAACACCCUCCGAAAUAAAGAAAUCAACCAUUAAUGUAACGGUCAAUCCAAAAUCGUUGUCAUCAAAUCAAUUAUCAACCAAAUCGAAAAAUAUUAGCAAGAAAAUUGAUAUGGGCGCGGCCACAAAUUUUGGCCGUGAUGAACUCGGCAUCAAUUCGCCAACACAUCGAAACACUCAUGCUGAAGAAGAUUUAUUUUCAACAAGCAAUAUAAUAAAUACAUCGACCGCAAAUAAAUCCGAUUUGGAUGACAUAUUCAAAACAUGUUCAACCACAAAUAAUUUGGUUUCGGACCCGGUUUCAUCGCAAAGCAAACGUGUUGAGGAUGACUUUUUCAAUCCGCGCGCCGACGAAUCACAAGAAUUUGGUGAUUUUGCCAGUGCAUUUGGUACAUCAUCGGCAACGGUACAACCAACAACACCAUUACCACAAGAACAACCGGAAAAUAAUGCGCUCGUCGAUAGCAAUGACACAAAGAAAAAUGAAUUUGCCGACUUUAGUUCGGCAUUUGAAGCAAAUCAUCAAACCUCAAGCAAUACUACCAACGAUCCGGCCAAUUUAUUAUUUGCUAUAAAUUCAACUUCAAACGCACAAACUACGGCUUCCAAUAGCAAUCAAAAGGUUGGAGACCUUUUAUCUGAUUUAGAUGGUUUAAGUUUGGAUGUUUCGGUGCCAACUGUUUCAUCGACGGCUGAAAACAACGCAAUAAUCACCAAGGAUACGACGGAUAAUAAAUCGACAAUAAAUCAUCGUGACGCAAUAUCCAAGCUACUUGAGAGCCUUCAAUCGAUUGAAAAACUCCAGUCAAUAAAUGAUGUUGAUCGUGUCAAUUCGAUUGUCGACCAAUUACUUAUGCAUUUACCGGGACCUGUUACACCGGAAAAACUGUGUCGCAUUGAUGUGUGUGCAAAUACAAAUUGGCAACAAAUAGCCGAGUUCGAAUAUGCCAUCGCUCAAAAUGAAUUGAUUCGCUUAUUUGAUGAUGAAUGGCCAAUUAAAAUGCAACCAUCAUCAAACAAUCAAUCCAACAUUCAUAUUAUGCCAAAUGUGCUCAAUCUAUUUUCCAUUGAUCAUUCGAUGUAUUUUGUAAAAACAACGGUUUAUAACAUUUUCAAGGCGGAAAACAACGUCAAAUUCGAUAAACUGAUGCACAUUUUUGAAAUGUGCAUUCGCAACGAAUGCUGGCUAUUGGCCACUUUCGUUGAUUUUUGCUAUGAUGAUGAAAAUGAAACAAAACCACUUGACUAUGAUGAGGAACGUGACCAAUUUAUUCAGUUAUUGAUAGCAGCACCAAAUAAAAUUGCCAAUUAUUUUAUGGGCAAACAUUCCAGUCUCUUUGAUCCCGAACGUUACAGUUGUAUUAUAUUGUUGGCAUUGACUCAAGCACUCUAUUUUAUUACGGAAACGAAUCGAGUUGAGCGGCGAACAUUGUUUGGCACCAAGUUUUUGGGUCAAUUAUUCGGUCGCAUUGCAGUCGAUUUCAAUUUGAAUCGUACUUCAAAAGUUUUGCCGGAAAUAUUUCGUGUAAUGUCAUUGCUAGCAAAACGGUCGGACGACUUUAAAACGAUUGUACAGCAAAUGUUAUUGCAAAUACAUGGAGAAUCAUUUGAUAUUGUCGCUUGGUAUGCAUUGAAUACAAUAAAUCCAAAUGAUUUGUUGGGCGAUGCCGUGAAUACAUCGGACGAUUGGGGAUGUGUUUUAAAAUCAAAAAUACCUCUAUCGCCACCUGGUGGUGUGACGGACGAUUUUAUACGUACAUUUAUUGGUUAUUUGUCGAAAAAUCUAUCGGCCGAUGAAAAAUGCACGGUAUUAGAAAAUGUGGCAAAGAAAUGGUCAAGUAAAUUAUCACUUAAAAUCAAUUCAAUUGAUCAACAUCUAUAUUUUACAAAAGUUCUAGUGCAUGGCGCUGAACGAUUUGAAUUGAAACAAAGUAAACAGUUCACCGAGAAAUUGUCAUUAAUCAUACACAAUGGCGUUCGUAAUCACAUGGAUCUAUUGGAUGAAAAAAUGCGUGCCAUCGGAAUGAUAACCGCUGAAAUUAUUUUAAAUAAAUUCAAUAAUCAUGAUGACGACGAAUCAAAAUUGCAAUUUGAUUAUGAUGGAUUUGCAAAGGAAGCAAGAGAAAUUGUUGAAGCAAUUAAAAAUUUCAAUCAAUAUACUGAACCAAAUGAGAUGCAAAUGUUGAAUGACAACGAUUUAGAGCAUUCUAUUACCAGUCUAUAUGACAUUGUAAAUGAAAAAGAAGCAGCGAACAAAUUGAAAGAGAUGCCAUAUUCAAAACCGUCUACCUCAAGUCAAAUUCAAAAUACAGCCUUUGAAAUCGGUUCAUUGGGUGCGGCACAAUCAAAAGCUGGCCCAGUAUUGGCCACACCAAAGCCCAUUUUGUCCGAUGAUGAUGAUUUAGAUUCGGACGACGAUGAUCUGCAACCGUAUGAUAUGUCGAAUGAUACGCCAAUCGUGGAAGACAAGCGACCACGGUAUUUACAAGAUAUUCGAGAAGCAUUGCUUGAAACAGACGAUUUUGAUGUCUUUGAACAAACAAUGAUCUCAAGUGCAUCGCUCAUUGAAUUAAGACUUCCGCACGAUGAUUCGAAGAUUGGCGUUGAAUUAUUGCGGAUAUUCAUUGAGAUCGAUGAUCGUUUUCAUGUGAAUGAUUUUGAUUUUCAUCGAAUGUCAUGCUGUGUAGCAAUUUGUUGCAUAAAACCAAAAGAUUCGUCCGAAUUUCUAUGCAAACAAAUUCAUUCGGAACUCGGUAGAUAUUCGAUUGGUAAAAAGGUGUUGAUGAUGGAAAUUUUGGCUGAAUCGGCCAAAUCACUGGCAAAGCUUACAAAACCAAAAGAAAAACCACCGCAACCGAUUGUGCCGCCUGUCAAACGGUACACACUAAAGCUUGGCGAUGACGAUGAUAAAGCACAAUUAAUUGAAGCGCGACGAAUUGUAAAAGAGCGUCUGGAAAAGAAAACGCGACGUUUUGCCCAUCCAUCGACAAGUAUUUUGCAUGGAGGAACAACAAAUAAAUUUUCAGAUGUGGCCGGUUCAUUUUUCUUUCCACUUCUGUAUGGCAUCGGUAAAGAUGAAUUGAAAAUGCAUGGAAUGAACAAUGCCCUAAAGGAUGAUACCGAUAAUAUAUUGUUGUUGAAUCUUUUGCGCACUAUUGGUACAAUCACAUUUGCAUGUGAAAAUUGUCCAAUCAUCACACGUGUAACACCCGAAGUUUUGCAACUUGGAUUUGCGUUACGUUUUCAUGCUGAACCAAAGAUACGAUUGGCGGUGCUGCAAAUGUUGGCCGCCGCCCUAUUGGCAACACCAAAAUCACUAUUACAACUUCAUUUUUCGGCACAUUUGAUUGAAAUGAAGGAUUGGCUGGAAGAGUAUCUAUCGUUCAAUAUUAUCAAAGGAGAAAAGAAUGAAGAAUGCCGUCGAAUGGCACAAAGUCUUCUUGCAUUGUGCUUUGAUGCACUUAUAGCUGACGUAUAAACUCCUAUAUAGUAGAAGAAGAAAAAAUAAUAAUUUUGAAAUAUUUUGUCAUCUCAAUUAACGAUGUAAACACGAAAAUACAAACACACAUUUCAUUUUUG